AUGAAUAGAAAUACUCCAGAAUACCCUCUUCGUGAUAUACCAGUUCCUUACCUUUAUCGUUUAAGAAGAAGACCUAGGAAAACAGAUAUUCUCUCUACAAAUAAUCAUCCGAUAUUGCAGGACCAUUCAAUUUCAUCAAAUUCAUCAAAUUUGGCAGAAUCACAAAACUCAAAUGGAACAACAAAAACAACGAAUCAUUUUCAGAAUAAUAAUAAUAAUAAUAAUGAUAGUACCACCAAUAGUUCUGAAAUUAUGGGUUUAAGUUUUAAAAGAAGUAGAGAUUCAGAUAUUAGAACUAUUUUACCGUCAAAUAGUCAAGAACAGCAAUCGAAUAAUAUCAUAAAUUAUAGAACAAAUCAAAAUAUUACUAAAAAAAUCAAGAACAAUAACAAUAAUAAUAAUGAUGAUGAUGAUGAUGAUGAGGACGAUAUUGAUGAUAUGAUGUCUAAUAAAAGAGUAAAAUUGCAAGAUUUAACCCCAUCACAAAUGAUGAUACCUAUCAUUCCGACUUCAUUAAAUGUCGAUACUGAUACUGUGAUCAACAAUAAUACUCUUCCUAAUGUCUCUUUAGAUACUUCAAGAACUCAUUUGACUCAUAUAUUAGUUAAUACUGCUAAUAGAGUUGCAGUCGCAACUACUCCCACAACGAGAACUAAUACUGAUGGAGGUGCUUCUCUAACCACUGUAACAAUUAUGACAGGAACAACAGCGUCUAAUACUACCACUAGUACGACUAAUACGGUCAAUGGCUAUACUUCCUUAUCAGAAGAUGCAUUACCGUUAUCUCCAACUGCAACAUCCGGAAUGAAUACCCCACGAACACAACAUCAUGAAAGCACUGAAUCAGAUGACUGUGAUAUGAUUGUUGAUACUAAUGGAAAUAGAAAUAACAAUAAUAAUACUACUACGAAUAAUAAUAAUGCUUUAGACCUCAAUAUGCUAGUCACAAAUACCAAUAAUAAUGAUGAAUAUUUAUUAACGGAAAAUUUAUACAAUAAUCUUAAAAAUCAACUAACACCAAUACAAUAUAAGAAUUUAAUUUUCAAAAUAAUUUCCAAUUUAAACAGAACAGAACUAUCAGAUAUGAACUCAUUAUUAAAUAAUAAUUUGAAAAGAGAUAUAAUAUCAUCAUUACCCAUUGAAUUAUCAAUUAAAAUCUUGAAAAAUUUACCUUAUCAAGAUAUUUUUAAAUGUCUUCAAGUUUGUCCUCAUUGGAAUAAAAUCAUAAAUAAUACACCAAUGUUAUGGAAAAAUUUAUUAUUAAAUGAAAGUUUCUUAAACAAUCAUGAUAAUAAUAAUACGAAUGAAAAUAAUUCAUCACAAAUUUAUAAGAAAUUAUUUUAUUCUAACUUGAAAGUUUUGAAAAAUUGGUAUAAUCCAAAUUUUAAACCACAAAGAACAACAUUAUUAGGACAUUCCACUAGCGUAGUAACAUGUUUACAAUUUGAAGAUGAUUAUGUAAUAACUGGGGCAGAUGAUAGACAAUUAAGAAUAUAUGAUUCCAAAAAGAAAAUCUUUCUUAAGGAAUUAAGUGGUCAUGAAGGUGGUGUUUGGGCAUUAAAAUAUGAUGAAGAUGGUAUUAUAGUAUCAGGUUCUACAGAUAGGACAGUCCGUGUUUGGGAUAUUAAACGUGGUUGUUGUACACAUGUAUUUAAAGGUCAUACUUCUACUGUUAGAUGUUUAGAAAUUGUCACGUAUAAAAAUAUUAAAUAUAUUGUUACUGGUUCAAGAGAUAAUACUUUACAUGUAUGGAAAUUAGUUCGUGAAGAUAAUAGAUCCAUUGAUGAAUUACCAUUAAUUUUCAAUACUCCUGAGGAAAAUCCUUAUUUUGUUGGUGUAUUAAGAGGUCAUAUGGCAUCUGUUAGAACUAUAUCUGGUCAUGGGAAUAUUAUUAUUAGUGGAUCUUAUGAUAAUAAUUUGAUGGUUUGGGAUAUUGCUCAAAUGAAAUGUAUUUAUCUUUUAAUUGGUCAUACAGAUAGAAUAUAUUCUACAAUAUAUGAUCAUCAAAGGAAACGAUGUAUUUCAGCAAGUAUGGAUUCAACAAUUAAGAUUUGGGAUCUUGAAAAUAUUUGGAAUAAUGGAGUUUGUAGUGUAGUAACCAUUUCUGCUACACCAUGUACAAGAAUUAAUGGUCCUAUGAUGACAUUGCAAGGACAUACAGCACUUGUUGGAUUAUUAAGAUUAUCUGAUAAAUAUUUAGUUAGUGCUGCUGCAGAUGGUUCAUUAAGAGGUUGGGAUUCAAACGAUUACUCAAGAAAAUUUUCUUAUCAUCAUAAUAAUUUGAGUGCAAUUACAACUUUUUUCAUGAAUGAUAAUAUUCUUGUAAGUGGAUCUGAAGGGCAAUUCAAUAUUUAUAAUUUAAGGACAGGUUCUUUAGUUCAUUCAGAUUUACUAAAGGAUUCAGAUCAAAUUUGGUCAGUUAAUUUUAAAGGAUCAUUAUUAGUUGCAGCAGUUGAAAAGGAUGGAGAAUCAUAUAUUGAAAUGUUAGAUUUCAAUAUACCUGAAAGAUCUGCAUCACCACUUCAACGACAACAACUUUUCCAAGAACAAGAAGAUGGGGAAAUAAAUCACCAUAGUAGUAAUAAUCAAUCAAAUACUAAUAUUGAUAGUAUGUCAAUUAUCAUGGACUCAAAUUCCAACUCUAAUUCCAAUAUAUGA